AUGUCCGUUGUCGUUGCUCGCCCUGUGAAGAAAGAGGUUAUCUCGGACAUCGAGCCUAUCUCGCCUUUGGACUCUGAUUUUGAAAAGACCCCCAUUGCUAUCACGCGAGUGCUAUCAUGUACACAGAAGUCAGACUUAGGUGACCAACGCAAAGACCGUCGGUCCUGGUUCCGGUGGUCAAAGGGCCAGGACCUGAAUGCCAUCGCUACUCAGCCGUCUGUAUAUGACGACCCGGAACUGGCAGAGGAAUAUAGGCCACGAACAGAUUGGGAGAAUAUCCACCGAUUCGAUCCUUCAGCGAGAUGGACAUGGGGCGAAGAGAAGAAAGUUGUCAGGAAGAUCGACCUUCGUAUCACCGUGUGGGCCUGCAUAAUGUUGAUGGCUCUGGAGCUUGACCGGUCUAAUAUCCAGCAAGCCAAUGCGGAUAACUUCUUGCGCGACUUGAAUCUAUCCCGAGACGAUUAUAAUCUAGGAAAUACGAUUCAUAAGUUAUGCUAUCUACUCGCCGAACUGCCUGCACAGGUCAUUGCGAAAUGGGUCGGUGCCGACAGAUGGGUCCCCAUUCAGAUGACAUCGUGGUCGACCAUUGCUCUAUGCCAAUUCUGGCUCUCCGGCAGGACGUCGUUCUUGUGCACCCGAGCCCUUCUGGGGCUGCUCUCGGGAGGAUUCACGCCAACGAUGAUCCUCUAUCUAUCAUACUUCUUCAAGCACCAUGAGCUUUCCAUCCGACUUGGAUUUUGGUACACAGCGUCUUCUGUUGCUGAUAUUUUCGCCGGGCUCUUGGCCUAUGGCAUUCUGCAUCUCCGAGGAGUCGGCGGCCUUGCUGGUUGGCGUUGGCUCUUUCUGAUUGAGGGCUUGCUCACUCUGACGCUUGGCUUACUCGCAUUUGCCCUGAUGCCCGCAUCUCCAACACAGACGGCGAACUGGGCGCGAGGCAAAGACGGAUGGUUCACAGAGAGAGAGGAGGUCAUCAUGGUCAAUCGGAUCAUUCGAGAGGAUCCGAGCAAGGGCACCAUGCAUAAUCGCCAGCCAUUAACUCUCAAACUCAUCUGGAGCAGUGUCACGGACUUCGAUCUGUGGCCACUGUAUAUCAUUGGUCUGUUAUUUGUUAUACCCAACUCAACAAUAUCUCAGUACUUCACUCUCCUCAUGAAAGACUUUGGAUUUAGCACUUUCAAAGUCAUCCUUUUGUCCAUCCCAUACAAUGCCCUGGGCGCCGUAACACGACUUUUCAUCACAUUCGGAGCCGAGGCUUUCGGGUCCCUUGCAUACAUGGGCAUUCUAGCCCAAGUUUGGAUGCUACCAAUGCUCCUGUACAUGAAUGUAGUCAAUUUUAGUCAGAUCAACAAGUGGGCUGCAUGGACAGUCCUCACAUUGCUACUCGCUUUCCCAAACCCGCAUGCAAUGCACGCUGGAUGGAACUCCCGCAAUUCAAACAGCGUACGAACGCGAGCAGUCGCAGCAGCACUGUACAACAUGUGCAUGCAGAUGUCUUCAAUCAUCGCUUCAAACGUGUACCAUGGCUGGGAUGCACCGCGCUAUGUCGUCGGAAACAGAACGCUACUGAUCAUCGUUUGCACGAACAUCCUCCUGUAUGGAUUGACGAAGGUAUACUAUGUGCUGCGGAACCGCCGGCGAGACAGGCAAUGGAUGGCCAUGACGGAGGACCAAAGAGUCGACUAUGUUGCGACCACCAAAGUCGAGGGAAACAAGAGGCUGGACUUCAGAUUUGCACAUUAA